GAAAAAACAGGUGGAAAAAUAAUUCACCGUGUUGGUGGKGUAUUAUAUCUUUUCCAAGGUAGAAACUACAAUUAUCGUACUCGCCCCCAAUACCCAGUAAUGCUCUGGAAACCUGCAGCCCCUGUGUACCCAAAACUUAUUCAAGAAGCUCCAGAAGGAUUGACAAAAGAGGAAGCUAAUAAGCUGAGGAUGCAAGGGAAAAAUCUUUUGCCAAUAUGUAAAUUAGCAAAAAAUGGUGUGUACAUUUCCCUGGUGAAUGAUGUAAGGCAUGCCUUUGAAGGAAGCAUUUUAGUGAAGAUUGAUUGCACCGGGAUGCAUGAAAGUGAUUAUAAAAAGUUGGGUGCUAAACUCAAGGAAUUGGUUCCUUGUGUGUUACUGUCAUUUGACAACGAAAAGAUACUGAUGUGGAGGGGAAAAGAUUGGAAGUCAGUUAUUCCAGAAGAUCGUUCUGCUCCACUUCCUCUUCAAGCUAGCACUAAUAAUUGUUCGGGCUCUUCUGGUGAGCCUAUCAAGAAUAGUAACCGUUCACAUGGCAAUCAUCAUACAAUCAAAACUAGYCCAAAAAUGAAGCUGCUAUGGAAGCGUGCUAUCGAUUCAAACAAGGCAUUGUUGCUAAAUGUGAUUGGUCUUGCUCCUGAUGACCUCUUAGAGAAAGUUGAGGAAUUUGAGAAAAUUUCACAAGCAACUGAGCACUCUUAUCCAGCAUUUAUCUUGUCAAGUGAAGAGAAGGUUAACAGUCCAGAUGACAGCGCUGAAAGUCAGGAUUACAGCGAACCUAACUAUGGCUCUGAUGAUGAUGAUGAGGAUUGGGAAGCAGACCUCGACCUGUCAGCCCCUUYGGGAUCAUUACCUGUUGAUAUAAUAGCAAAGAAGCUCAACCCUGAAUAGGUACAAGAGACAAUUGUUGGACUGGGCUCUUUGGUUGGUAUAUUUCUUAUUCUUGUAUAACAAGUUGAAGUGGGAAAAGUUGCAAAUUUUCAAUGUAUCUAGUUGUAAAGAAAUUAACUAAACAUCGUAACAGCACUUUUAAAAGCAUUGAGAAUGAAACAUAUGUUUGGGAAA